GCAGCCCGCCUUCCUCCCGCUCCGCUCGACCCCGAAGGCGCCACCAUGAAGAGGACCACCACGACGUCCACCUCGUCCUUCCGCAGCGCCUCCGCCGGCCCCGCGCGCUCCUUCAGCAGCCGCUCCUACACGGCGGGCCCCGUCGGCGCCUCGCGAGUCAGCACCUCCUAUGCCUCCUCCAGCUACGGGGGAAGCCGCUUCGGCGGCGGCGGCGGCUUCCGAAGCAGCUCGUCCUUGGGCGGCGGCGGCGGCAUCACGGCCGUCAGCGUCAACCAGAGUCUGCUGGCGCCGCUCAACUUGGAGAUCGACCCCAACAUCCAGCAAGUGCGCACCAAGGAGAAGGAGGAGAUCAAGACCCUCAACAACAAGUUCGCCAACUUGAUUGACAAGGUUCGUUUCCUGGAGCAGCAGAAUAAGAUGCUGGACACCAAAUGGAGUCUCCUGCAAAACCAGAAAACCACCCGAAGCAACAUGGACGGCAUGUUUGAGGCCUACAUCAACAACCUGCGCCGGCAGCUGGAUGGCUUAGGGCAGGAGAGAGUGAGGCUGGAUGCUGAGUUGGGCAACAUGCAGGGCCUUGUAGAAGAAUUCAAGACUAGGUAUGAAGAGGAAAUCAACCAUCGUACUGAGAAGGAGAAUGAGUUUGUCCUUUUGAAAAAGGAUGUGGAUGAGGCCUACAUGAACAAGGUUGAGCUGGAGUCCCGUCUGGAAUGCCUGACCGACGAGAUCAACUUCCUGAGGCAGUUGUAUGAUGAGGAGCUGCGUGUAAUGCAGUCUCAGAUCAACGACACCUCUGUGGUCCUGUCUAUGGACAAUAACCGCAGCUUGGACUUGGAUGGUAUCAUUGCUGAGGUCAAAGCACAGUAUGAAGAAAUAGCUGCCAAGAGCCGGGCUGAGGCAGAGAGCAUGUACCAGAUCAAGUAUGAAGAGCUCCAGUCAGUGGCGGGCAAGCAUGGAGAUGACCUGCGCAACACCAAGAAUGAAAUCAACGAGCUCAACAGGAUCAUCAACCGGAUACAGUCAGAAAUUGAGGGUCUGAAAGGCCAGCGUGCUAAUCUAGAAGCUGCCAUCACUGAGGCUGAGGAACGUGGGGAGUUGGCCGUAAAGGAUGCCAGCAGCAAACUGUCUGAGUUGGAGGCUGCCCUGCAGAGAGCCAAGCAAGACAUGGCCCGCCAGCUGAGGGAAUACCAGGAGCUGAUGAACGUCAAGCUGGCUCUGGAUAUAGAGAUCGCCACCUAUAGGAAGCUUCUGGAAGGAGAAGAGAACAGGCUGGAGUCAGGGAUGCAGAACCUGAGCAUUCAGACCAAAACAACCGGCUAUUCAGGUGGUCUGUCCAGUGGCUUCAGUAGUUAUGGGGGUGGCUACAGCUCUUCAUACUCAAGUGGUGGAUACUCCAUGAAUUCUUCCCCACUGGAGAGCUCUGCAGUCACCAAGUCGAGGGCCAUUGUCAUCAAGAAGAUCGAGACUCGGGAUGGGAAGCUGGUGUCUGAGUCCUCAGAUGUGCUGUCCAACUGAGAUGCUGUUUGCAUCCAAAAAGAACCACCUCCAGCAGUUUAGAGUGCCUUAAAUCCAA